AUGAAAUAAUUUUUAGUAGCUGCUUUAACAAUUUUAUUCAUGACAACAGGAUAUUACCAUUUAUCUGUUAAUAAUAAAUCAGAUUUUGAAAAUUGGGCUUUAAAAAAUAACAAAUACUAUACAGAUAAGGAAAAGUUGUUUAGAAUGGAAAUCUAUAAUUCUAACAAAAAAAUGAUUGAAUAACACAACUAAAGAGAAGAUGUGAGUUAUAAAAUGGGAGAAAAUCAAUUUAUGAGUCUUACUAAUGAAGAAUUCCUUGAGCUUUAUUUAUAAAAAUAAGAUGAUUUAAAAGAUAUAAUAUAAUAGGAAAUACAAGAAAUAAAAUAUUAAAGAUUAACUGCUGUGGAUUGGAGAAACUACACUACAGUAAAAAAUCAAGGAGAAUGUAAUUCAGGAUGGGCAUUUUCUGUAAGUAAUUCAUUAGAAUCAUGGUAUGCUAUAAAAGGAUUUCAAAAAAUAAAUGCAUCAACAUAAUAAAUAGUUGAUUGUGAUUAAUAGUCAUGGGGAUGUGCUGGAGGUCAUAAUUAAUAUGCUUUGGAUUAUGUAUAAAGAGUAGGAUUAAUGAGUAGUUCAAAUUAUCCAUAUGUUGCUAAGAACUAAACUUGUAAAUAAACUAGAAAUGGUACUUUCUUUAUUAAUGGUUAUACAUAUAUUGGAGGAUCAUAAUGGUCUGUAUAUCAAUAUCUGAGUGAUUAUCCAGUAUCAGUUGGUAUUGAUGCAACUAAUUGGUAAUUUUAUUCAUCAGGAUUAUUUAUGAAUUGCUCAUCAAAUCCAAAUGCAACUAAUCAUUAUGCUUUAGCAGUUGGUUUUGACACUGCUAAUAAUUGGAUAGUCUAAAAUUCAUGGGGAACUACAUGGGGAGAAAAUGGACAUAUUAGACUAUAUCCAAAUAACACAUGCGGAAUAGUCAAUUAUGCUUUUUAAAUUUAUUGAAU